UCCUUCUGUGCAAAGACCCGGUCAGCCGUGUCGAAUCAGUCGGUUCACUCAUGUUCACGUUCGUUCCGACUCAACUGUCGGUCAUGAAUGAACGACCAACGAGUGUCACUCAAUCUCUCGGCCUCGGUCUUUCAGUCAGCAAACCACACCCACCCACCCACAGAGUGAAGCGCCACGAUAGGAUAAGAUAGUCCCGCCCUGCAAAAGGAACGGUGAACCGACUCUCCAGCCAAUCAAAAAAAACAAAAACAGCAACUGAACAUACUGAACGGGUAUUUUAAAGGCGGUGACCUUGUUCAUUCCGUUCACAAAAAAAGAACUAGUUCUUUUGACCUGUUCGUUCAUGACCGACUCACCACUACUGAGUUUGAUCCAAAAGGGAGGAGUCAUGAACAAACUCUUUGCUCGAGUGGAGGGAAAGGGAGUGUGUUGUGGAGGACCAUAGGAGGGGGGAGUCACUAAUUAGACGGGGAAAGAGGCGGAGACGUUGAGAGGCACCAAAGAGGGAUGUCAAACAACAGAAGAGGAGAGGGAUAAAGGACAGUGAAGGGGUCACACUCGGUAGCAACACAAGAGGGGAUGAAAAUGGGAAGUCCGGGCAUCGCUCUUGUUUUUUUCCUGCUGCUGUCAACGUCCGUACGCGCCCAGUGGUGGAGUUUCAUCUGGGCGAGGCCGAAAAGCAUCCCCAGCACUUCUUCUCCUUCUGUAACUUGGAUGAGUCCCUCAAACGCACCCGGGACGACGGCCUGGUUUGGAAAUAAGGACCAGACCACCACGGAGACCCCGAGCACAGCAGCGUUCAUUUCCGUAACUCCGGAUGUGAUCAAUAACCUCAGAUCCCGUUUUAAAGCGCUGAAACAUUGGAAAAGUGCGCGAGGUUCCGGAAGUCAUCUGGACUUAACGGAGUUAAUCGGCGUCCCCCUCCCUCCCUCCGUCUCCUUCACUCCUGGCUUUGAGGGUUUUCCGGCGUAUAACUUUGGGCCCGAAGCCAACAUUGGCAGGCUCACCAAGACCUUCGUGCCCGGGUCGUUCUACGUGGACUUUGCCAUCAUUGUCACGAUCCGCCCAGCCAGCCCGAGAGGAGGUGUGCUCUUUGCCAUUACAGAUGCCCGUCAGAAGGUGGUGGAGUUGGGUUUGGCCCUCACUCCAGUCCGAGCAGGCCUCCAGAGUAUUUUACUCUACUACACUGACAGCGAGCAGUCAUCCCACAGCCAAAAAGCUGCCGCCUUCAGUGUGCCGGAUAUGACAGACCAGUGGACACGAUUCACCGUUGUGGUGGAGAACAAUGAGGUGCGUCUCUACAUGGACUGCGGGGAGGCCGAAAGGAUGACCUUCCAUCGGAGGCCGGAAAGACUCGCUUUCUCGCACAACUCGGGCAUUUUUGUAGCAAAUGCAGGAAGCACGGGGCUGGAGAAGUUUGUGGGAUCCAUUCAGCAGUUGGUCAUCAAAGAUGAUCCCACGGCAGCUGAGGAACAGUGUGAGGACGACGAUCCUGAUGCUUCGGGAUACGCCAGUGGAGAUGAUGCUCUUGAUGACCGAGAGACAGAGGAAGACAACGUGAAGAACACAAAGGCAAGGAAACAUGGAGCAGUACAGGAAGUCUCUGUCCCAGUCAAAGCACCGCCCACAGAGGCUCCACCCUCGGCGAGUGAUGAAUAUUCAAGUGACCACACCUCAGUGGAAGCCAAUGAAGAAGUCCUGCUAAGAGGACCUCAACGGACGGACAAGACUGGGAAUGGUCAUGUCAAGCAUGCCUUCAAAGGAGAACCAGGAGAUCCAGGACCCAGGGGACCGCCCGGCUCACCUGGUCCACCUGGGCCCACUCAUAUACCCGGACAAGCUCAUCCUGGGCCACGAGGUCCGCAAGGACCUUCAGGAAUGCCUGGAAAGACCGGACAGCCAGGGAGAGAAGGACAGAAGGGAAUGAAGGGGGAGACAGGAGAUGCAGGUCAGAGAGGACCUCAGGGGUUUCCGGGUUUGGAUGGUGAUGCUGGAGUCAAAGGAGAUAAGGGAGACCCCGGAGUUGGCUCACCGGGCCCACCGGGCCUUCCCGGGCCCCCUGGACCCCCCAGAUCAAGGAGUGUAUCUUAUGGAGAUGAUGCCCUGGGGUCUGGGUUUGGGGACCUGGAGACCGACACCGAGCUUAUUAGGGGGCCUCCUGGACUACCCGGGCCUCCAGGACCACCUGGUCUUCCUGGCCCCGGCCUGUCAUCGGGUGAGGGCGUCUCUCACACGUAUAUCGGGCCUCCUGGUGCCCCGGGUAAAGAUGGACUCAACGGCCAACCAGGAAUACCAAUGCUUACAGAUUGGUUUAGUGCUUCUGGGCCCGAUGGUUCAGGUUUGAGCUCAGACUUGCACUAUGACCUCGGCUCUGGUUUAAGUUCUGGUUCUGAGUUCAGUUUUGCAUCGGGGUCGGGCCAUGACUCCGGUUCUGCUUGGGCAUGGGGCGAGGGUCCAGCAGGAAAAGACGGGAUUCCAGGCCUCCGUGGAUCUGCGGGAGAGAAGGGUGACAGAGGCAUGCCUGGAUCACCUGGACCGAAGGGUGAAUGUGGAUCUGUGGGCGUUGCAGGGUCUAUGGGACCUCAAGGCAAAAGUGGACCUCCAGGAAAAAGAGGCCCACCAGGACUACCUGGGCCUCCCGGUCCUGCAGGAACUAAAUUCUUCAUAGAGGAUAUGGAAGGAUCCGGAAAGUACGACAUGCUCAGUUCAGGACGAGUCGCGGGGCCGCCGGGUGCACCUGGUCUACCUGGUCCACAAGGUCCCAAGGGUAAAGCUGGAGCGCCAGGUCCACCAGGACCCUCCAUCAAGGGCGAUAGAGGCCACCCGGGACAAGACGGUUUGCAAGGUCCUGCUGGACUACCAGGACCAAGGGGAGUGAAAGGAGAAAGGGGUACCUCAGGGCCAAAGGGUGAUCGCGGUGCUGACGGUCUCAGCAUUACAGGACCGCCUGGACCUCCUGGACCUCCGGGACCUGUCCUGAAUCUGUCAGAUGUGCUCCUCAACGUCACAGAAGGCAUCUUCAACUUCACAGAGGUCAGGGGAGCACGGGGGCCCAUGGGUCCCGAGGGCUUGCCCGGUAGAGCUGGAUUUCCCGGCCCGAGGGGUCCAAAGGGAGACGUGGGCCCCCCCGGCAUCCAGGGGCCAUCAGGCCUCAAGGGAGCCAAAGGGGAGCCAGGUGUGACCAUUGCUGCUGAUGGAUCCCUUUUGUCUGCACCAAGAGCCCCCCAGGGUCCUCGAGGCAUCAAGGGUGAUCGUGGUCUCCCCGGACCUGCUGGACUGACUGGCCCGCAGGGACCUCCUGGACAAAAAGGAGAGUAUGGAUUCCCUGGUCGCUCCGGACGACCUGGUCUGAUUGGGAGGAAAGGAGACAAAGGAGAUUCUGUUGGCCAACCAGGUCCUCCUGGUCCACCAGGUCCGCCCGGACUUCCAGGAAGAAUUCUGGGAUUAAAUGGAACCGUGUUUCCGGUGCGCCCCAGACCGCACUGCAAAGUGGGACCAGAAACCAAGAGCGCCAAAGGACAAAAGGGGGACGUGGGCAUACCUGGAAAACCGGGUACACCUGCCACUGCAUUUGUGGAAGGGAUUGCGGGUGCCAAAGGCGACCAGGGAGCCAAAGGGGAGAGAGGAGAAAAGGGUGACUCGGGCCCACCUGGUCCUCCGGGGCUUCCCGGGCGAUCGGGACUCGUGGGUCCAAAAGGCGAGUCAGUGGUUGGACCACCAGGUCCUCCUGGUUCUCCGGGCCAACGUGGAGCCCCUGGGUUGGGACGCGCUGGUCCUAGAGGGCCACCGGGGCCUGCAGGACCCCCGGGACCCGUACCAGCCUUUGGAUCAGCAGGUGUCAACAUCCCAGGUCCUCCUGGUCCUCCUGGACCCCCAGGAUCUCCUGGAUAUUCAAACCUGGUGAGCACCUAUAAGACGGUCCAUGCUCUGACCCGAGACAUGCAACGCGCUACCGAAGGAACCUUGGCAUACGUGGCGGAGAGCGGGGGGGAGCUGUACAUCAAAGUACGCAACGGCUGGAGCAAGCUUCAGCUCGGGGAGUUGAUCCGUUCUGAAUCGUCAUCUUCAUCAGCAUCCCAGACCCACAGCAGACCUGGAGAAUGGAGCCGACCACACAGGAGCCACAGUCAGGAGCUCCAGGAGGGCAGUCGAGGGUACCAGCCUAGUUAUAACAUUCUCCCACAGACCUUCACCGCUGUGGCCGGGCUCCACCUGGUGGCCCUGAACGCACCGUUGAAAGGGGACAUGAAAGGCAUCCGCGGUGCCGACUUCCAGUGCUACCAGCAAGCUCGCGCCAUGGGCCUGACCAGCACCUACAGGGCCUUCCUGUCCUCACACCUCCAAGACCUGGCCACCAUCGUGAGGAAAGCGGACCGCAGCGACAUGCCUGUGGUCAAUCUGAGGGGUGAGAUGCUGUUCCCGAGCUGGAUGUCCAUCUUCUCUGGAAACGGAGGCACAUUCGACACAUCCAUCCCCAUUUACUCCUUUGAUGGACGUAACGUGAUGACGAACUCGGCAUGGCCUGAGAAGCUGAUCUGGCACGGUUCCAGCCCUACGGGAAUCCGUGCGACCACAAACUACUGCGAGGCAUGGCGGACCGACGACAUGGCGGUGACGGGUCAAGCGGCGCUGCUUCAGACGGGACGCCUGCUGGGACAACACCCCCGCUCCUGUUCCAACCUCUACAUGGUGCUGUGCAUCGAGAACACGUACGUGGGCGACCAUCAACGGAGGAGGACCUGAAGGCCACACGCACGCACGCACGCAGGUGAUGGUUGGCAGGUAUCGAACGUGAUGGCCGGCACGUUUGCAGAGAAAAGGUAUUUCAGUGUUAACAUCGCAUUCGCUCUCAAGUGUUUAUACGUAGACGCCCGCCAGAAGUACAUUGGACCGCCACAGACGGCGUAUGGAUACGUUGUUUUCAAAAGGCACAUUUCUAAUCCGCUCGCCAACACUUCCCGGUAUAGAUUAUUUAUUUUCACUUUUUUGUUGAUUCCUUCUUGCUAGCAUAUACCUUGACAAUCCCGCAACUUCACUGUACUGUACUGUACUGUACUGUAUGCAACGCCACACAGUACACACUGUAUAUACUUCAUGUCCAAAUGAUUAUUUUUAACACAAUAGUUAGAUAUUUCUAUCGCCACUCAACAAAAACUAUGUUUUUUUUAUCACCAAGUAUUCUUCCAGUGCAGGGGUGUACAAAGUGCGGGCCAGGUGCCUUUGUUAGACCGUGGCCAUUGUUAAAAUAUGCCAAUGUAACAACACUAAAAAACAUAUUUGGAAACUGAACAAUCAGCAGUAAUUGGACAAUAAUAAAGAAAAAAUUAGAAAAAAAUACAGAAAAAUUUGAAAAUGUCAUAAUUUUUCAAGAAUAAAGUUGAGUGAAAAAGUGAAAAAAAUUAGGUUGCUGAAAAAUGACAAUUGGCAUAAAGUUGAAUUUUUUUUAUCUGAUCUAGUGUUGGGGCCACAUUGAAAAACUGAUUUUGAAGUUGUACAUUAAAAUUAAAUCAGAAAUGUAAAAUGAAAAAAGUCAUGAGAAUAAAGUCUUAAAUUUCCAAGAAUAAACUUGUACAUUUACAAGUUCAAAUCUAAUUUUUUUUUUUUUAUCGUGAUCUAUGAGUGUUGGGACCACAUUGAAAAAAAUAUUUUUUGAGAAUAAAAGUUGUACAUUCAAAUAAAAUCAGGAAUGUAAAAUGAAAAAAAAAUCAUGAGAAUAUAUGAGAAUAAAGUCUUAAAUUUCAGAGAAUAAACUUGUACAUUUACAAGAAUAAAUAAAUAAUAAAUAAAUACAUUUAUUAGGCCAAAGUCAUAAAUUUACCAAAAAAAAUCACAAAUUCAUGAAAAAAACAUUUGUACAUUUAUGAGAAUAAAAGUCGGAAAUUCAUGAGAAUAAAGGCAUAAAUAUACAAGGAUUCAAGUCAAAUUUAUGAAAAAAGUCAUAAAUUAGAUACAAAGACAAUAAAGUUGUACAUCUACGAGAAUAAAGUUUUUAAUGUGCAAGAAUAAAGUCAGAAAUUUACAAGAAAAACAUUGUACAUUUAUGCAAAUAAAAGUUGUAAAUACAUGACAAUAAAGUCAUAAAUUUAUGAGAAAAACCUUUGUGAAUUUAUGAAGCAAAAGUUGUACAUUUAUUAAGAAAAUAGUAAAUUUAUGAGAAUAAAGUCAGAAAUUUAUGGGAAUAAAGUGGUCAAUUUAUGAGAAUAAAGUAGUAAAUUUAGGAGAAUAAAGCGGUAAACUUUUAAAACUAAAAAAAUCAUAAAUGUAGGACAAAAAAAAAUUCUAUUUAUGAGAAUGAAGUUGUAAAUCGACCAAGAUAAAGUCAUAAAUUUAUUAGAAAAAAAUCAUAAAUUAAUGAGAAUAAAUUUGUAGAUUUAUGACAUUUAAGUCCUACAUUUAUGAGAAAAAAGUCUUACCAAAUUUCAGAUUUUAUUCUAUACAUCUCAGAUUAUGAUUUUUUCCAAUGUGGCCCUAAUAUUCCGUGGAAAUAAUUUUAUGAGAAACAAAAAAAUGAAAAUAAAGUAGGCAGGUUGGAGAAAAAGUGAAAAUACUAUUUAAAUAAAGUCAAAAUUUUAUGAAAACAAAAUUGAGUAAAAAUAUCAAAAAUGCGAGGAAAAAAUUGACUAAAAGAUUAAAAUGUUUUUCAGCAAUAUGAGGACUUUGAGAUGAAAUAUUUCUAACAUAUCUCCAUCCUUUCAUUCUUUCCACCAUGUGACCCUUGCUGGUAAACAAGGCUUGGACACCCCUGCCCUGGUCGAGCGUAGCCUAGCCUAGCAUAGCCUAGCCUAGCAUAGCCUAGCAUAGAGUAGCAUAGCAGACGCUGACUAACCGGCACAAGAAGUUUCGAAAAUGUUUCUUUUGUUGAAACAAAACUUGAGCUCGUGAUGUGAAAAAACGUUUGUACUGACUGAUUGUCACGGAAUAAAUUUGUCAUGGC